AUGCGGAAAUAUCAAAAUACACGAGAGUCCUCGUACGAUAGCUCGCCCUAUCGCGAUAGCUCGCCGUCCAUUCAGGACACAGAGUACACAAAAUCCGUGGCAACGUCCGUGGAGAACUUGUCGAGAGUGAUGGAGGCCACUGAUAGCUCAGGAGCCAGCAGCUCUGGCAACAGCAGCGUUUCGAAUGCCUCCGCGGAACCGAUUGCUCUCGCGAAGACGAUCGAUAACACUAGAGCCUUGCUGAAGAAAAAAUCUUUCGUUCAGGUCAUCAACAAUUACAUCAAGGCCGGAAUAGAGGAAGGAAAACGGCAAGCGAAGAAGUACAUCCGCAAGGCACUUUCCUUCGGCGUGAAAUCCGGUUACCUGAUUCCUGCUGGUCCACAAGGACAGGUGAUACGAGUAUCUCCAACGUUAAUAGAAUCGAAGAAGAGUGACAUAGAAUCACGGAAAAGACGAAGGAGGGCCAGAAGAGGCGAAGAAGACCCGAUAGCCGAUGCCCAGAAACGGCGUCGAUUGACCCCUCCUUGGGACACGAAGAACAUCACACGCCGUGAAAAUACACCAAAACCGGAAACUCCGCCUCGAAAAAGAAGGAAGACGUCGAAAAAUUCGAUUCAGGCGAAGAAGAGUCCCAGGAAGAAAACCAAGGAACGUAUUACACGGCAGAGCGGAAAAAGGAGAACUAGGAAAGAAAAAAAAGAUACGUUAAUAAUAUCAAGGCUGUGCAAGAACCCGAGCAACAAAAUCGACGAGACUCAGAAGAAAAUAAAAAGUACGCGAAACUCGUACAAAUACGAUGUGGACAUGGGAAAAGAGGAUCACAGAAAUCGCAGGGCCAAAUCUUCCCGUUCAAAAAAAGGAGAUAAUGAGAAUUCGAAAGAGAAUAAACCAGACUCGAGCAACGAGGAUGCAUACAACGCGGAAUUGAGCGGAAACGAAGAAAUCAACGAAAGAAUGGCGAUAGUACGACAGAAAUCGACGACCAGUCGAGAGGAUGCUUUGCGAAAUGGCAGCGGAUCAUUCGGAAAUCCAGGGAAAAUCGUCGAAGAAAAAUUGGAUGCCUCCUAUGAAGAAAAUAACGAGAACGAUACAAUUGAGAAUUUGAAUUAA